AAAUAAAAAUAAAAUAAAAUAAAAUCGUGAUAAAAAAGAAGAGGUCGCGUUGGAGGACCGCCCAGUGCCCACGGCCACGGGACAGGACGGCUAUUUACAAAUUAGUAAGAUAAUAAAAAGUAAAUUUUUGGGGGUGGAAUAAAAUCUAAAAAGGAAGGAUAUUGAUUUAUUAACGGAGUAGAAAUAGAAAAAGAAAAAGAAAAGAGAAUCAAUGUCUUUGAGAGAAAACUGAAAACUGAAAACUGAAAACUGAAAAGGAGGGAGAGAGAGAGAGGGCGUGCGUGUAUCCUAGCCCUAGUAAUAGAAGAGAGAGAGAGUGUAGUUAUGUCAAACUCAAACAACGCAGUGGCGAAUGGGGUGGCGGGUGCUGGUGGAGGAAUUAUUGCUCAGAUUAUCACGUAUCCUCUCCAGACCGUGAAUACGCGGCAACAAACGGAGAGAAGAGCCAAAUCCAAAGUAUCCAAUUCAAAAAUCACAACUGCUGAUUCUUCUUCUUCUUCUUCUUCUUCUUCUGGUCGUGCUAGUACUCUUGUUCAAAUCCUGCAGGUAAUAAGAAGCGAAGGUUGGGGAGGUCUUUACAGCGGUCUCAAGCCUUCUCUCUUUGGAACUGCUGCUUCUAUGGGAAUAUAUUACUAUUUUUACCAGGUAUUCAAAAACAAGGCUGAGGCAAUCGCACUCGCCCGCCAAAUCAAAGGCCGCGGCGAUGGUUCUCUUGGCAUGUUUUCCUGGCUUCUCGUUGCCGCUCUUGCUGGUUCCUUGAACGUAUUGCUGACAAAUCCUAUUUGGGUUCUCGUCACUCGUAUGCAGACGCAUACUCAGGCGGAAAGAAAAAUUAUGGAGGAACGAAAAGGAGCUCUACUUAAGGAGGCUUCUGAAAGCAGUUUCAACAGCUCUGUUUUGCAACACAAAUUGGCUGAGCUUGAUUCGUUGAAGCCUCGUCCUUAUGGAACUCUGCGAGCAGCCCAAGAGGUGUAUGCUGAAGCAGGAAUUGCAGGGUUUUGGAAAGGCAUUAUCCCAACACUUAUAAUGGUAUGCAAUCCAUCAAUCCAGUUCAUGAUAUAUGAGAGCUCAUUAAAGCAUUUGAAGGCAAGACGUGCAGCUCGCAAGCAGGGUCAGGGAUCAAACAAUCCAGCUGCUUUAGAGGUUUUCUUAUUAGGAGCCUUGGCCAAACUGGGAGCAACUAUCUCCACUUACCCCUUGUUAGUUGUCAAGUCAAGGCUGCAAGCAAAGCAGGAGAUUGGGGGGAAUAUUUCCUUGAGAUACUCAGGUACCAUUGAUGCUAUAAUUAAGAUGAUCCAAUACGAAGGGUUGACUAGCUUUUACAAAGGUAUGAGUACGAAAAUAGUACAAAGUGUUUUUGCGGCCUCCGUACUUUUUAUGGUUAAGGAGGAAAUUCUCAAGGCUUACAUCUUGACGGCUUAUAAAUGCAAGCAACUCUUAUCAACAUCAAGUUUUGGAAAGCGAUCACCACACGCCGGAUGACACUUUCAUAUUUGGUAAUACAUAAUAUAUGUACAAGGAAUGAUCAAAUAAAGUUUCAUCACAUUUAAUGAAUAUAUGAAAAU